CGAUGGACUCCGGCGUUGGUGACGCUAUCUGUUGGUGCCAACGAAAGGCCUGACUGAGGGAGAAUUCCCUCAUGUUUGCUUCAUCUUUAUUUAUUUUGGAAGGCAACUUGGCUGACAGCAAACUCUGUUUAUAGCGAACAGUGCCGCGAGCAGCACCUGCGGUGUGAUCGCGUCCUCCCCGUCUGCGGACGGUGUCUGAUGACAGGCAGGGAGUGCAAGAAGGGGUACAAGUUCCGCGUGCCCAAGCACGCCGUCUUCAAAGAGAGCCACAAAUGGCCUCCGACGCCCAAGAAGCUCAAGUUCGUUGACGAGACGCGGGGGGUUGAGCUUGGAGUCAGCGAUGACAUCGACAGCGCCGAGUCCGUAGUCGGUUCCAUUUCCGCAGACCUCGAAUCGACCGACACCUCGCCGGGCACCACGACCGUCGGUUCCACCGCAUCGGCUGACCGCCCGCCGCUGCAGGCGGCCAAGGCGGCGAGUUGGCCUCUCCCCAACGGGAGUCAAAAGGAGAACCGUCGUGGGAGACAUCACGAAAGCCCCCAUGAGAGCCAUCAUGAGAACAGUCAUGACAACAAUCACGGAAGCCCACCCGAAGGCCGCCACGAACGCGAAGUCAUUAGCGAGCCUGCCCGACCGCCGCCACGGGCAUCGCCGAACACGCCCGACGCCGACCACUUCAGCCCUCAUGAUGAUCGACGAGAGCCGUCCCAGUCCGAUUCGGCCAUGACUUUACCUCCUAUGCAGUCCGUGCUGCCGCCAUUUGAAGGCAUAUAUACCGAUCGUCCCGCGUGGCCGCUCAUCGGCCGCCAAGAAGCUACUCUGUUCCGUCACUUCGUGGAGAAGCUAGGGUUCUGGCUCGAUCUAUGUGACCCCAUCAGGCACUUCGAGACCGAAGUGCCGCAGCGGUCCGGCUCGUGCCCCAUCCUCCUGAACGCCAUCUUCGCGCUGGCGGCACGGCAUCUCAGCCUGACAAGCGCCUACGACUCGCUGGCCUCGAACCGCUAUCACGAGCAGUGCCUCAACUACCUCAUCCCACUGCUCGACCACGCCAGCACCGUGUCAGACGAGAACCUGUUCGCCGCCACCAUCAUCCUCCGGGUCCUCGAGGAGAUUGACGUCAACACCCUUGGCCAGGACGCGCAUGGCCACCUCCUCGGCAUCCACGCCUUCGUCAACGCCGGAGACCGCUUCCUAGCGCCGGGAACCCUGACCGCCGCCUGCUUCUGGGCCGGCUUGAGGCAGGAGAUCUACAGCGCCGUCAUCAAUCAACAGGUCGUCCGCAUGAACCUCAGUCACGCCAUCGUCGAUCGCUCGACGGCUCCGGGAGACGACUUUGUCUGGGCGAACCGCGCCAUCGUGCAUUGUGCCGACGUCCUCAACUUCUGCUUCGGAUCCGAGGCGGGGUCCGUCCUACAAUGGGGCCAGCUCGAGAUGGCAAACAGGGAAUGGAAGAACGCGCUGCCGCCCUCGUACACGCCCAUCUUUUUCCGCGAGAGAACGAGAGACGAGGCCUUCCCCGAGGUGUGGUAUCAGAAGGCGUGUCACGUCAUCGCCGUCCAACAUCACAUCCUCGCCGAAAUGUACCUCACACUGUUCAACCCGAGCAUACCGCGGGUCGGCGGCGGCCGCAAGGCUGCAGAGAAGCGGCUCACGGAGCAGAUCCAGGAACUGUUACGGAGUCUGUGCGGAAUCGGCAUGUGCAACCAGUGGUCACCGCCGGCCAUGUUCACGGCUUGCAUGGGCAUAGCCAUCGCCGGUGACCGGUUCGACAACAGACGCGACCAACAGGCGCUGCUGAAGAUGCUGAGCAUUACCGAGCAGGCCCACGCGCGGCCCACGACGGCGGUGCGCGAGCAGCUGAUGAGUGCAUGGGGGUGGAUAGAUGUGGACGCCAUGGGCGAGGGAUGAGGGCCGGUGGAACCCGGGGGUGGCGGGGCAGCCGCUCGGGGAAUGUUUGACGACGGCCUCCUCGAUUGGGUCAUGGGGAUGGGAUUUUUGUUUUUGUUUUUUUCUUUUUUCCUUUGGGCGGCCGCCCCCGAUGAGGGGUCGCCUCCCGCUUGGGACUGGUUCCAGAUCACGAUGGGCUUGGGUGGGCUGGGUUGGACGGCAUGCAUCCCCCCCAGAUUUAGAUUUCUGUUGGUUUUAGCAUCUAUUGAUACCCGGCACGGUGUAGAUUCCGUGUCUGUGAUGGAAAGUAUCUGACCGGCUUAGCCGGGAUGGCUGAGGUAGUGGCAGGCGACGCAUGCUCAAGAACGAUGGGACAUAUUUCGCAAUUCGACCCACCUACUUGAUUUCAACCUCGUAGUUGCGCGUGUGUGUCUGGCGCCUGUUUGGUGGCUAUUUGCUGUCCAUACUUCUCCCCGCAUGGGCAAUACCGUCCGCGUGACGCUGU